AUGAACUUUAUUGCUGGAUACCUUCUGCUCCACAUGAGUGAGCACGAAGCAUAUUGGACACUGGUAUCGAUUAUUGAGGAUAUAUUACCAACUGAAUAUUUCACAACUACAAUGAUGGAUCUUUCGGUGGACGUUAGAUUCGUGUUUGGAGACCUUUUGGCCAAGAAGCUGCCACGACUACAUAAGCAUUUCCUUCAGAUUGGUUUGACUCUACCAUUAGUCAUGACACAAUGGUUCCUCUGUAUAUUAGCCACUGCCACACCGACCGAAACAACAUUUAGAAUAUGGGAUGUAUUCUUUAGUGAAGGAUCCAAGGUAUUGUUUAGAAUUGGAAUAGCAUUGUUCAAAGUCAACGAAGAGAAGUUGCUAUCCUGUAAAGAAUAUAACACUCUGUAUAACCUGGUAAAGAAAAUACCAUCAAUUAUGUAUGAUGCCGAUGUGCUCAUUGACUAUGCAUUUAGACGAUGUGGAAAGUUCUCUAUGAAGUCGAUCAAUCAGAAGAGAAAUGAAUGUCGUCCAAUUGUCCAAGAGGAAUAUCUCUCAUUCCAGAUGAUGAAGAGUGGUCUGAAGCGACAAUCACAACAGAUCACCAAACGAGAGUUGUCCUCAUCAUCCUUGAAGAAAUGGAAGAACAAGUUCAAGGAGAUAUAG